AUGAAUUACCUCUCAAGUGUACUAAGUCUGCUUUCAUUUCUCCAACUGUUCGGCUUCAAUAUUGGUGGACCGUUAUUUGGCAACGAAAAUGUACACAUUAAAGUGCAUGUACCUGAAGAAGUAUCACAUAGUACUCAUGAAACAAUAAUUUAUGAACCCGCUAACAAAAUUAUUCAUCAUCAUCAACAUCGCAAAUAUCCACAGAAAUCAGUAGGUUAUCAAUUACGACAUAACCAACAUAAUUAUGUACUGGAGAUAACUUUUAGCAGACUUAAAAAUCCAACUGUUGAUUCAAAUGUGGCAUAUAUAAACCCGAUGAAAUGGAAAAGAGCAUUUAACCAACAAACUGAAAUUAUAUAAUAUGAUUAUGAUAAGGCUGCAAUAUAAAGACCCGUAAAGUAUAUAAAUACCUAUAAAGUGAUCAAAUGUCAGGAACCAAUAAAAGCAAAACUUUAUACCACCACAUCACACAAACACCAACAUAAGUCGAAAAAUAACGAACUAUAUAAAUUUAUUGAGUCAAAAUAUCUGCCAACAACGGGGGAUGGACAUGAGCUCCACAAAUCAGCUGAUAGCAGAGAUCAUUACCAUUAUCCAGUCAGAACGGAAACAAAGUCUAUAAAACCGCACACCCAUACGAAAGUGGUUACAUAUCAAGGAACAGCGAACAAUUACCAUAGCUAUAAGCAUACGCAUUAUAUAGAACCGCCUUAUUAUGACGCUGAUCCCAGCCCACUUGUUGAUUUUAAGUUGAGCACGAGUGUUUAUUUGCCACCAUACGAUAUACCGGCAUUAUCUGUGGAGCAUACAGACACGGCGGCAUAUGAUUUUUUAACUCCCAAAGAAACUCUCACUUUACCCACUAGUGAGGCAGCAAAUUUCCAUGGUCAAUUCCCCUAUAACGCUUUUAAUGAUGGAACUUUCAAACCCUUCAUUGGUGGCAUGUACCUACCUGUUGGGGAAGAAAGUCCCAUUAGAAAAGAAGCAGCUGAGACUUACAUGGGCAUCGAUAGCUAUUCUGCAAGUCAUGUCCAAGGCCUAGAUUAUCUUAGCUACUCACCCUAUCGACGCUGGAGUACGUUUAUUUAAUUAAUUUUAAUUAUACCUGUGUAAAUGUAAAUAUAGGCCAGUCUUAAG